GGGCGCGCGUUUAAAGGCGGAGGAUCCGUGCGCGAGGCCGAUCUACCGCAGCACGGCGGCGGCCUCGCGACAAAUAAAUAUUAAUAGUAAAAACACGCUCACGUUUUUUUUCGUGGCAACGCCCUUUCCAGCGGUUAUUUACUUGUUUGUUGUUGUUGUUUUUUGUUUUUUUCGCUCCGCCGAUGGACGAACAAUGGAGAAGCCGUCCGCAGAAAUUUCUCGCCGCCCUCCUCUUUCCCCAUCAUUGUUUAUGAUGCUGCUGCUGCUGCUGUUGUGUAGGAGGGCAGGGACGGAGCCCGUCUCUUUGGAUUCCUGCUAGAAAACAAGCCAGCCAACACUCGCACACACACUCAGAGCACAGAGCUGACCGUGACCGCCUGGCUUCUUCUCUUGGCGGACAGCAGAUGUUCGCAGGUCUCUUCUCCCGGCGACAUGGUGACAUUCCCGGCUCUCGCCCAUUACUGGCCCCUCAUCCGAUUCCUGGUCCCUCUGGCCAUCACCAACAUCGCCAUCGACCUCGGCGAACAGGCUUUAAACAGAGGGAUCGCAACUGUCAAAAAGGAUGCAGUGGAGAUGCUGGCCAGUUAUGGCCUGGCCUAUUCCCUGAUGAAGUUUUUCACUGGGCCUAUGAGCGACUUCAAGAAUGUGGGGCUGGUGUUCGUGAACAGCAAACGCGACCGAACCAAGGCAGUGCUCUGUAUGGUUGCUGCCGGAACUGUAGCCAUUAUUUUCCACACUCUAAUAGCCUACACAGACCUGGGCUACUACAUCAUCAACAAGCUUCAUCAUGUGGACGAGUCAGUUGGCAGUAGGACCAGGAAGGCUUUUCUCUACCUGGCUGCGUUUCCCCUGCUGGAUGCCAUGGCUUGGACCCAUGCUGGAAUCCUAUUAAAGCACAAGUACAGCUUCCUCGUUGGCUGUGCCUCUAUCUCUGAUGUGGUAGCUCAGAUUGUUUUUGUGGCAAUCCUGCUGCACAGUCAUCUGGAGUGCGUGGAACCUUUGUUGAUUCCCAUCCUGUCUCUGUACAUGGGAGCUCUAGUACGUUUCACCAUUGUGGGUCUGGGCUACUACCGAAACAUUCAUGACAACAUCCCAGACUCUAGUGGCCCUGAGGUGGGGGGUGAUGCCACCAUUAAAAAGAUGCUGAAUUUCUGGUGGCCCCUGGCCCUUAUCCUGGCCACACAGCGCAUCAGCAGACCCAUCGUCAACCUGUUUGUGUCCCGUGACCUGAAAGGGAGCUCCACUGAGGCAGUUGCAGUUCUGACAGCUACAUAUCCUGUAGGUCACAUGCCGUACGGGUGGCUGACUGAACUCCGGGCAGUCUACCCUGCUUUUGACAAGAACAACCCAAGCAACAAGCUGGUUAACACUGGCACGACAGUCACCAAGUCCCACAUCAAGCGGUUUACGUUCGUUUGUCUGGCUCUGUCGAUCACACUCUGUUUCGUGGUUUUCUGGACUCCACACAUCUCCGAGCGGAUCCUGGUGGACAUCAUAGGAGUGGACCAAGCUUUUGCUGAGCUCUGCGUUGCCCCGUUACGAAUCUUCUCUUUCUUUCCGAUACCAGUGACGGUGCGUGCUCACCUGACCGGUUGGCUCAUGACCCUGAAGAAGACCUUCGUCCUGGCACCCAGCUCUGUACUGCGGAUCAUCGUCCUCAUCACAAGCCUCAUAGUGCUACCAUACAUGGGGGUGCAUGGAGCCACUCUAGGGGUUGGAUCGCUGUUGGCUGGCUUCCUUGGAGAGUCCACAAUGGUAGCAAUUGCAGCCUGCUACGUCUACCGGAAACAGAAAAAAAAGGACUGUGAUGGAGAUGUGGCAAUUGAAGGCGAGGGCUCCGCCCCCAUGAACGAGGUCCGAUCCGGCCGGAUGGACGACAUCGUAGAACUGCGAGAGGAGAAUGAGGAUGAGGAGGAGGAAGAGUGAGCAGAGGGUUCAGUUCAGUACACCCAGGAUUUUAAGGGACAUCCAUGACAAGUGCAUUGGAAUUAUUACUUGUGCGUCCCUGCUGGUUACAAACGAAUUACACAUUCUGGGCUCUUGCAAGGAACGCGCUGGGGGGAACCAGGGAAUCCUCUUGCUUGUCCAGGGCAGUUUUAAUCGCUUACUGCCCCCUGCUGCUGCUCUUUCCCCCUGCCAGAGCCCCAGAAAGCCCUUUGCAGUUUGUGCACACAGAAAACGCUUAAAAGAGGGAGCUUUAGUUAGAAAACUGCAAAGACAGAAAGAACGCAAGUGUCUGUCUUUGUGUUAGAUAUCAUUAAAUAUCUGUACACACGUAGAAACCCACCUAAAGGUCUUCCAGCUGUCAUCAGGAAUCUCCGGGUGCAGGACAGUGAAGAUAAUUGAUUUGUACCAAAGCAACUGACGCACACUAAUUGCUUUUACUCUAAUCCUCUGAGCUCUACUGUGCUGCCGUCCUUACACGUUAUGAACCUUGACAAAAAAAAAAGAGAAAGCAAAUACUAAAAUGCAGUGACUUCAUCUGCUUGGAAUGUACAUAUCUUUCAUUGUUGUUGUUUUUUUUUCUUUUCUUUUCUUUUUUUUACCUUGAAUAUACUGCAGAAGGAGAAGAGAGGAUUUUAUGUUCUGGGAGCAGGCACCUCUCAACCCAAAUGUUGCUGCACAGCUACGAAAAACCAGUGAAAUCUUUUAUCAGAUAAAUGUUCAAAAAGAGAAUGAAUAUAUAUAUAUUACACAGAUUUUUAUCAGAUUUAAGUGUGAAUUAGAGUAAUAAUAAUAAUAAUAAUAUAAUAUGACCUGAUGAAAAAAAAUGGCUUCAGAGUGACAGGUUGGUUGGAGUUUGCAGGCCAUUUUAGAGGCACUAUUUUUUUAACAUGCUACGUCAUAGGUGUAUAAAAUCUGGUACAUUUUUUGUAUGGGUGACGUUGUGAAGUCUGUAAAUGGUGGGGAAGGGAGGGAUAAUAUUGGUGUGUGUUUUCAUGAUCAUGUCUGUUGCAGUAUUUUUAAGAAAAAGAAAACAGAACGUAUUUAAUUUGGGCAUUUAUUUUGUAUCUCAGGAUGUACAUUGCGGAGAACGAUGCAUAUAAAAAGUAUCUUGAAGUCCAGUUGCUGAUUUUUCUUCUAUCCUGUAGUACGAGUUUCUCUAUCGACGAUACUGCACAAGUAUUUAUGAUGUCUACAGCAUCUGUUUCUGUUUGAUUUAGUUUGUGGUGAAGAGCAAAGUCUGGCCAAGCUCCUUUUGUAUUAAACGAAACAGCUGAAACAGUAGAAGUUCCUGUUUUUUUUACUGUCAAAUAAAGACAAGGACAGCAUUAUUCCACAGUGAUUAAAGGGUGACAAUGUGGUUCAGAAA